UUUUGUGUAUUGAUUUUUUUCGUCGAACGCGAUAAAGUAUUUCCUUUGUCAAUAGACUAAUUGUUAAAAUAUAAAUUAAACAAAGAUAUGGGAGCAGCUUUCUUUCCUGUAUUAUUUUUCACCGCAUUCUGGGCAUGUGUUGGCAUAGGCGUACCAAUGAUGACACCAAAGGGACCCAAUCAAAGUCUCUUUCGUUGCAUUAUGAUGUUAACUGCAGCGACUUGCUGGCUUUUCUGGCUAUGCUGUUACAUGGCUCAGAUGAAUCCACUACUUGGACCAAAAUUGAACCAAAACACUAUAUAUAUGAUUGCAAAGGAGUGGGGCAGUGAACUUAAGGACGGUUAAAUUAGUGUAAUACAUUUAAUACUAUUUGUUGUAGAAAAGCAGACUUAUGCUUAUUAUUUAUGUAAAUACCAUAUUUCCAAUAUUAAUUAUAGAAAAUUUAUUGUGUUAA